UAGUGUUCCAAAGAGCGAGAUCAUAUCACUUCAAAACAAACUUAUAUAAUAUACCUCAAAUAUUUUUAUUGAUGCUCAUUCAAAUGUCAGUAAAUCUAAGUGUUUUCAAGCUACACCAUUUGUCUUCUAUGCGUCGUUAUACAUACAUCCCUAAAUAGAAGAGGAAAACGAUAAAGCUAGGUACCCACAGGUGACAAAUAAAGAAUCUGACAAAUAAGUUGUUUUAGUAUAAAAGCUUGUAAAAUAUCAUAGUUGUUGACGUGAAGUAUUAGCCUCGUUUGACACAGCUACUUAUUUGAUAUAGAGUAUAUUUACGCAUUUGUGGAAAUUAUUCAGAGCACCAUUGAUAAGAAGUGGCUUUUACCAAGUUACUCCACGCGAGGACGAUUUAGUUUUUCUCCUUGUCUGCUGAUAAUUCUUUACAACUAUUGCCUUCUUUUAGGUUUUAUCGCCAGAGUUCGCAAUGAGGAAGACUGUGGUGUUAGUCACAUUUGGUGUCCUCGUGUUACUUUUUGCUUUUAACACCCUGGUUCUUCUGUCUUCAUGGAAGUUGACUCCAAGUUUGAAACCACAUACAACUUCCAGUCAGAAGGAACUGAUUUUGCAAAGAUUUAAACAAGAACAAACUCAACAACCGACGAAGAAGUUAUUCACCAGGUUUGGUAUUGAGAAAUCAACUAGGCCAUCUGUUGGAACCAAGACACUUGAAAAGAGGUCUCCACGAUCUAAUCUCAUUGUACUGAGCCCAGGCAGAGGGGGAUCUUCAUUCUUAGGAGGAGUAUUUGAUGCUAAUCCUGAUAUCAUGUAUUGGUUUGAGCCACUACACACUUUAUACCGCGGCAUAUAUGAACUCCAUUUGUUCAAAGACAAAGAAAGAAGAAUUCACUACAGCAAAACCUCUAUCGACCUAAUCAAUAGCUUCCUCGACUGCAGUUUCACUCAAAUCCCUAAAGACAUUAUAUCCGCAUUAUCUAAGAGCAUAUUUCGGAGUCGAAGUGCAUCACUGAGCGGUGGGUAUUUGUGCCCUACAAAAAAAAAAAAGAAAAGAUGUCGACCUUACUCAGUGAAGUUACUUAACAAACUUUGUCACUCUUCCAAACAUACUGUUCUAAAGAUCUUGAUUCAUCGUUUACCAAACAACACUCUAGAAAUUUUCCAGCGAAUUUUCCAGCAGCAGAGAUAUAAAUUAAAACUGAUUCAGUUAGUUCGUGAUCCAAGAGCGGUGGCAUAUUCCAUGGUCAACUCAGUGCAAUGGUUAAAUGUCUCCAGCGAAUCACAUCAAAGAUUUCGCGACACUCUUCAAAGAGUUUGUUCACACAUUGAAAAAAACAUAAAACUUGGUUUGUUUUCUCCCCCAUCUUGGCUAAAAAAUCACUUUCGAGUGAUUCGUUUCGAAGAUUUUGUUGUUAAUACGACAAACAUUGCAAAGGAUCUCUACAAAUUUGCAGGGUUUGAUUGGUCUGAAAGAGUUGAAACAUGGAUUGCCACACAUCAGAGGAAACCUCACAAAAAUAAUGAAAGGGAUCCGUAUUCACUUUAUAGAGACGCAUCACUUGUCGUGAACAAGUGGAAAAAAGCUCCACUGAGCCUAACUACAGCAGUAGAGGAAGUCUGUGGUAGUUUGAUGGACGUGCUUGGCUACGAAAGAAUGAUUAAAUCAGAAAAUCACUCACGUGUAACAACCUGAUUAUGAAUAAACUCACAUUAGGUGGUUUGUUGAUAGCAGCAUUUCACAAUUUUUUUUAAACUGGUUUCCAAAUAUG